GUUAAUUAGUAGUUAAAACUAUAGUUGGUAGUUACUGUGUAUUGGAAUCGAGCUAUGAACCGGAUUCUGCUGUUUCGAUGGUGGAACCGUCCAUACGUCGACUCGGUGAUAACGUCAUUAUGAUACAUGGUAGUUGAUUUACUUGAUAUAUCAGCCACACUGCUGUUACUUAUAUCCAGCACUACACCACUUUAUCUCAUCAAACAUCCAUCUCUCAUCUCUCAAUAACCACACUGGUACAUAUAUACAAAGCUACCUACCUCCACCUCCACCACAAACCCAACCCUCCCUCCCUAUAUAUAUACCCAAAGGAAAAAGAAGAAAGGAUUGAAAAUGUCCGCCCCCCUCUCCGGCCGCGAAUCCCCACCCCCCGAGAACCAAUCCGGCUCUCAAGGCGGCGACCCCCCGGGCAAGGGCCACCUCAACCCGACUCCCGUGCACGCGCGGACGCCGCAGCCGCCUGAGCUGCAGAGUAACCCUAAGCAUGUGCUGGAGGAUAUCCAGGCGAAGAAGUAUGAGAAGGGGCCUGGGCGGUGAUUUUCAUUUUGUUUGAUCGAUUUUUUCUCGACUUGUCAUGUGCUGUGCAUUUUGGUGAAUGUUGUUGAUUGCUGUUGAUUAUUUUGGUUUGUUGUAUUUAAAGGGCUGGUUCUAGUGGUGUAAACUUAACUUGAGGUUAUUUAUGAG